AACAUGGAUUCUGUUUUUAUCGGACGAUUUUUUUUACAAUAAAUUUGCGCAAUUGACAAAACCAAAACAAUCUCAAAACAUAUAUUAACUCACAUCUCCAUUCACAUACUGUCAAGAACCACCGUUCGGGUCGAUUUCCAUUCCGCUAAAGAAAGUCAAUUUUUAAAUUUAUUUUUCAUUGGAUUUGAUUAUCAAAGCGCAGUCGGUUGUUAAUAUUACGAUUUAAUAAGUGUUUGACGGCCGAGUCGAUUGUGUUACAAUUUUGAAGAGCCCAUAUUCGAUUGAAAUCAUCAAAUCAGCUCGCGGUGAAGUGUUUUUGAGGACACAUGAGAUAUUUAAAAAAAAUGGAAAAUUGUAUCUUAACGUCAUAACAUACGCAAUUGGUGCAAGAAUCGUUAGGUUUUGAUAGAAUAUUUCAAUUAGAAAAAUUUAUUUGUUUAGUUCGGUGUGACAAGACUCAGUUCGAGCUGAAGCGAGUGACAAAAUAGAUUUUGAAGAAGAAAAAAUUGCAUAAAAUUUGCCACAAUGCGGUUAUUUCCAGUUAGAUUUACCAGUGCCAACAUCCAGAAACUCUUGGAUUAUUAUUCGCAGUACAACCCAACUCCGAUGUCAAUCAAACAGUUUAUUGACUUUGGUUUAAAUGCGUGCGAGAAGAAGUCCUUCAUAUUCCUUCGAAAAGAGUUGCCUGUACGCCUUGCUAAUAUUAUGAAAGAAAUUGCAUUACUACCAGAUAGUUUACUUCACACAUCAUCUGUCGGAUUGGUUAAUCGAUGGUACGAACAAAGUUUCCAAGAGGUGGUCCGAUACGAGAAUAUGGAACUAACACCCAGCACGCUUGAAACAUUUUGUUCAGAUCUGAAUCAUAUUCGUGAUCGACAUAAAGAUGUGGUGCAGACGAUGGCACAGGGUGUAAUCGAAUUGAAAGAAUCCCGUGAAAUUGACUCACCGAUGGAACUGUCAAUCCAAUAUUUCCUUGACCGCUUUUACAUGUCCCGGAUCAGCAUCCGCAUGUUGAUUAACCAGCACACGCUUUUAUUCAGUGAAAUACCACAGAAAGGACGACACAUCGGCUGCAUCGAUCCAAUGUGUGAUCCGUCGUCGGUCGUAUUGGAUGCAUAUGAAAGUGCACGAUUUCUCUGUGAUCAAUAUUACCUGGCUAGUCCUGAAAUGAAAUUAGUCCAACACAACGAACUGGAAGGAAAUCGACCGAUUCAUAUGAUAUACGUGCCAUCGCAUUUAUAUCACAUAUUAUUUGAAGUAUUCAAGAAUUCCAUGCGAGCUGUGAUGGAACAUCAUGGACAAAAUUUGGAAGACAUACCGCCGCUGGAGGUGACAGUGGUUAGAGGUCGCGAAGACAUUUGUGUUAAAAUAUCGGAUAGAGGCGGCGGCAUUCCACGAUCACAAGUUGAUCAGAUUUUCAAGUACAUGUACAGUACAGCACCGCAACCAUCAAAAUCGGAGAUGCACACAGUCCCGUUAGCUGGAUACGGAUAUGGUCUUCCAUUAUCCCGACUGUAUGCACGGUACUUGCAUGGCGAUUUCGUUUUGUUUUCGUGUGAAGGUUACGGAACGGACGCCAUUGUAUACUUGAAGGCCUUUUCCGAUGAAGCCAAUGAGCUAUUGCCAAUAUUUAACAAAACUAGUAGCCGUUUCUAUAAAGCUACUGUUCCCACAGGAGAUUGGUCGAAUCAGAGUUCCACCAUGAAUGUUAGACAGUUGAAUGCAUCGCUUCCGAAACGUUCUCCAUCUAAUGACGAAAACGAACAGGCAUCGGCAAGUACCACUACAUCAUAAACGGAACAUCAUUUUCGUAAAACUGUUCAUUUAAAGGUGCAAUAUGAUCCGGAAUCGUUAAUUUAGAAAAAAUAUUGAAUACCAUGCAUUUGUGACGAUGGUAAUGUAUGAUACAGCACGGAUGAAUGUAUACAGGAGUGGAAAACAAAUUAUAGUAAAACAUGAGUAAAAUUAACUAACAAUUCCUUGUUAUUUAGUAGAUAGAGAGAGAUAGAGGCAGGUAGAGAGAGCUAUAUACAUUUUGCAUAUCAAAUUUUGUAUUUUAGUUAGAUUCAAAUUUAAAAUUUUAGUUACCCACACGCACCA